CUCCUCAGCCAUGAACGCCACAGACGAAGAAGAAGAGCCGGAUGUUCCGGACCGUGUGAGGUGGCUGUCGAAGCGAUCGGGUACGGGUCUCUAUGGUCUCUGUAGCCGGAUCCAGGAGCGGGUCCUCGGGGAUGGGGCUCCUGCUGGUCCUCUUGGCCCUGCUGGGCUCCGCGGUCCCCCCUCUUAGCGCAUGGGACGAGGACCUGGAGCUGCUGGACCUGGUGGAGGAGAUCCCGCAGACCUUCUACCAGUUCCUGAACGUGGAGCAGGUCCGUGCCGAGCCGGGUCGGGUUAACUGUUGUCAUAGUGAAAGAUUAUUGCGACGAUCACAGCUGAUAGAUCCGUUAGAGAAGGUGAUCAAUAAUCAGACCAGAUGUUACCUGAUCGUGUGUUUCUAACCUGAUCAAUAGAACCUGCAGCAGGUGGAGCCAGGUGGGCGGGGAGGCUGUUAUUGGU